AUGGCUGAUCUGAUAGAUAUCAGCUUGUUGCUUGAUGGGGCAGAGGAGACAAUGGAUGGAGGCAAUUUAGAGAUUGGUGAGAUGAUUGACUUGGGAAUUCUAGACCCAGUACCAAUCCCAACUGAUGUUACAACUGAGACUACAUCCACUAUCCAAAAUACAAGUACCACUCAAAACACAACAACUGUUGUUGAGCCAACACCUCCAGUUGACCCAGCUCAGAGUUCUCAGAGCCAAAUCAAUGCUUUUGGUAAAGCUCCUCGUCCCAAAAAUUCUGUUGUUCAUACUGAGAUGGUUCUUGUUGAGAUGCCAGAUGGUGUCAAGAAGUGGAAAUGCAAAUGGUGUGGUAAGCUUUAUACUUAUGACACUAAAUGGAAAAGCACUUCUAAUGGUAAAAAAACACUUAGAAAAUUGCAUCCAAAGGAAGCUGAGGAUGAGAGGGUUAGAGAGGUUGCAGCUUAUAUGAUUCUAGGGCAUGAAUUUCCUUUUUCUGUUAUGGAAGGUGUAAUUUUUAAUGGAUUCCUUAAAGAGAUUUAUCCUUGGUAUAAAAAGAUUAGUAGACAUCAGGUUAAGUUGGAUUGUGAAACAUUUUAUGAAGCUGAGAGAGUUAAGAUGAAAAGGUCAAUGUCACAGAUUAACAGGAUCAGUCUUACAACUGACCUGUGGUGGUCUGGUGAACAAAGAAUUGGUUAUAUGACUGUGACUGGACAUUUCAUUGAUUCAAAAUGGCAGCUUCAUAAAAGAGUUUUAUCUUUUAAGAAUGUUCCUCCACCACAUUCUGGUGAAGUUUUAUGUAGGGAAUUGAUUAAGGUGAUGGAUGAUUGGGGUAUAAGAGAUAAAGUUGUUUCUAUUUUAGUUGACAAUGCUAGUGCCAAUGAUAAUUGUAUUUCUAGAUUGAAGAGAGAUUUUUCUGGUAGGAGAAAUCUUCCACUGGAUGGAAAAUUGUUUCAUGUUAGAUGUUGUGCACACAUCUUAAAUCUGUUGGUUCAGGAUGGGCUUGAUAUGAUAAAGGUGAUUGUGGAUAAAGUUAGGAAUGGUGUCAAAUAUUUGUUGAAUUCUGAAACAAGGUGCAAAGCAUUCAAGAAAAUUGUUGAUGAGUUGCAACUUGAGGGCAUGAUGCAAGUAUUGGAUACUAAGACCAGAUGGAACUCAACUUGGUUGAUGUUGUCCACAGCUUAUCAUUACAGAGAAGUAUGGCCUAGAUAUGCUGAAGAAAAUGGAGCAUUUCUUAGUUUUUUGCCUGAUGCAAAUGAUUGGGAAGAUGUUCAUGAUAUUUGCAAAUUUUUGGAAGUUUUUGCUGAUGUGACAGGAAUUAUUAGUGGUACAUCUUACCCUACUUCUAAUUUGUUUUUGGCCAAGCUUUUCAGGGUGAAGGUUUUACUUGAUAACCCCUAUGAUAUCUUAAACAAUCCUCAGUUACAGGCCCUUGCUAAUGAGAUGAAGUUGAAGUAUGACAAGUAUUGGGCAGAGUCUAAUACAUUGAUUUCUAUUGCUGCAAUUCUUGAUCCAAGGUAUAAAAUGAUCUUCAUCAAAUGGGUAUAUCCCUUCUUGUAUCCAAAUGCUACUCAAGCAGCUUCCUAUGAACAAGAGUUGGCAACCAAUUUACACACUCUAUUCCAAUUGUAUCAAGACACCUUUGGAGUUAAUGAUGCCCUUAUUUCUGAAACUUCUGAAGUAGGAAGUAGUUCUGGAUUAGGAAAGAGAAGUUUUGAGAGGUUUUUAGAAACUGUGGUUGGUAGUUCUAAUACAAAAUCAGAUCUUGACUUGUAUCUUGAGGAGUCUCCAUUGAAGGUUCCCCCAAACACCAAGUUUGAUGUUUUAACUUGGUGGAUGGGAAAUGAGGCCAAGUAUCCUGUUCUUAGUAGAUUAGCAAAAGAUAUACUAAUUGUUCUAGUUACAACAGUUGCUUCAGAAGCAACUUUUAGUGCUGGUAAAAGGAUUAUUGAUCCAAAACGAGCUUCAAUGAAAACUAAGACCGUGAAAAUGGUGCUUUGUGGGAGUGAUUGGGUCAAGGAGAGAUACGGGAUUAAAAAGGGAUGCACUUCAAGUAUUGAACCUCAAGAUGACCUUCUUACAUAUGAUUUUGGUCAGCAAUAG